GGUCUAGCGAACAGUGCGCGCGAGUCCUCCAUGGAAACAAGCGAGGAGAAAGGAGGAGCAGUUCGUUUGGAACAAGCCUCUGCGCUGACUCCCCAUUGUACCAACUUAACCGCAUGAAUAAUUCAUUAAACUUGCUAACGCACAUUAAGACAAAGACAUAUUUUAGUCAGAUAGCUAUCAUUUUUUUACUGCCUCGGCUCGUGUGGACGUUUAGCCAGCCUCAUAACGAGCCAUGGCGGAGCGAAGUGGCCGGCUGAGCCUCGGUGGAGGGGGACUCAACAGACCCGUGCCUAUGAACCUGUUCGCCACAUGGGAAAUAGAUGGAUCUUCCCCGAGUUGCAUCCCGAGGUUGUGCAGUCUGACUCUGAAGAGGUUGGUGGUCCUGAGGGAGCUGGACAAGGAACUCAUAUCGGUGGUCAUCGCUGUCAAGAUCCAGGGUUCCAAGAGGAUCUUGAGGUCCCAUGAGAUAGUGCUGCCCCCUAGUGGCUCAGUGGAGACUGACCUGGCUCUCACCUUCUCACUGCAGUACCCUCACUUCCUGAAGAGUGAGGGUAACAAGCUCCAGAUCCUGCUGCAGAGGAGGAAGAGAUACAAGAACAGGACUAUCCUGGGAUACAAGACCCUGGCUGUAGGAACCAUCGAUAUGGCUGAGGUGAUGCAGCACCCUACAGAGGGGGGCCAGGUUCUGUCUCUGUACAGUAACCAGAAGGAGAUGCUGGGUAAAGUAGCAGAUAUCUGGAUCUUCUCACUGUCCAGUCAGCCCAUAGACUACGAGGAGGCCGCUCUGCAGGAGGGAACCAAGAUCAAAUGCUCAGAUAACUACUCGGAGGAGGAGUAUGAGAGUUUCUCUUCAGAGCAGGAGGCCAGCGACGACGCUGUUCAGGGUCAGGACCUGGAGGAUGAUGAGUAUGAGGUGAGGAAGCCUAAGAAGCAGAGAAGGUCCAUCGUAAGAACUGCUUCAAUCACCAGGCAGCAGAACUUUAAACAGAGAGUUGUGGCUCUGCUGAAGAGGUUUAGAGUCUCAGACGAGGUGUUGGACUCGGAGCAGGACCCGGCAGAACCCCCUCCAGAGGUAGAGGAGGAUCUGGACCUCGAGAGUCUGGAGUUUGAGAACCCCAGUGACAGUGGACCAGAACUAGACGAUGACGACAGUGUCCUCAGCACCCCAAAACCCAAGCUAAAGCCAUAUUUCGAGGGCCUUUCUCUCUCCAGUUCUCAGACAGAGAUCGGCAUCCACACCAGCCUGGUGGAACCAGACCAGACUGAGAGCAGUGAGGCCACGUUCCAGGUGGACAGUGUCUCAGAGAAGGGCUCUUAUCAGCAAGAGCAACCAGAGGCAGUGACCCCCACUACAGAGCUGGAGAUGGACAACAUGGACACCUUCCUGGAGAAGCUGCCCCCUACUGGCAAGAUGAAGAAGACAGAGUCCCUCAUCAUCCCUUCCAGCAGAUGGCAGGAACCUAAGUUGGCGGGGAGGAGAGGGAGGAGUACAUCCCUAAAGGAGCGCCAGCCCAACAGACCACAGAACGAGAGAGCCAACAGCCUGGAUAACGAACGCUCCCUCGACACACACUGCCAUCUACAGAUCCCCAGGAAGACCGUGUAUGACCAGCUGAACCACAUCCUGGUGUCUGACCACCAGCUACCUGACAGCAUCAUCCUCAUCAACACAUCUGAUUGGCAGGGCCAGUAUCUGUCAGGCGUUCUCCAGAACCAGCACCUCCCGGUGGUGUGUACCUGUACUACAGCAGACAUCCAGGCUGCCUUCAACACCAUCGUUUCACGCAUACAGAGAUUCUGUAACUGUAACAGCCAGACGCCCAUCCCCAUAAAGAUAGCUGUGGCUGGAGCCCAGCACUACCUCGGUGCAGUCCUCAGGCUGUUUGUAGACCACCUCUCUUACAAGACCCCUGAUUGGCUGGGCUACAUGAGGUUCCUCAUCAUACCACUAGGAUCUCACCCAGUCUCCAAGUACCUGGGUACCAUCGACUAUCGAUACAACAGUUUAUUCCAGGACACUGCGUGGAGGGACCUCUUUCACAAGCCCGACGCUCCAGUCAUAGUGCAGGAGAGUCCAGAUGUGGUUUCCAGGGUAACCCAGUAUAUGGUCGGGGCCAACGGAGUUCACCAGCUCCCCAUCGCUGAGGCCAUGCUCACAUACAAACAGAAGAGCCCAGACGAGGACUCUUGUCAGAAGUUCAUCCCCUUUAUCGGGAUGGUGAAAGUUGGACUGGUGGAACAGUCAUCGGCAACAUCAGGUGACUCGGACGAUGCAGCUCCCAUGGCGACAGCCCUCCUCUCCUUCACCCCUCCUCAGGUGUCCCCCGCCCUGAAGGAAGCUACGCCCACCCCUCCCUCCUCCCCCUCUGUCAACACAAGCUUCAGCUCAUACAGUUCUCCCCAGGGGGAGCUGAUGGGACUACAGGUGGACUACUGGGUGGCUCCCUCCCCGGCUGACAGGAAGAGAGACGUGGAGAAAAGGGACUCGUCCUCCUCCAAGAACACUCUGAAGUGUACGUUCCGCUCGCUGCAGGUCAGCAGGCUCCCCCAGGCCGGGGCCCAGCCACAGCCCGCCAUGUCCAUGACUGUCGUCAUGAAGGAGAAGAACAAGAAGGUAAUAUUCCUGCCAAAGAAGACUAAAGACAAGGAUGUGGAGUCUAAAAGCCAGGUGAUCGAUGGCAUCAGUCGACUGAUCUGCACUGCCAAGCAUCAGCAGACCAUGCUGAGGGUGCUGAUUGACGGCGUGGAGUGGAACGACGUAAAGUUUUUCCAGUUGGCGGCACAGUGGUCGUCACACGUCAAACAUUUCCCCAUCGGGAUCUUUGGACACAGUAAAGGGCCUUACUGACAAGCGACGCGUUGCCAUAGUAGCGGGCCCCGUUACCUUAGAGACUCAUCUGGAACGGAGGACAACGUCCCCUCCCUCAUGUGCCAAUAGCUUUUAUAAUAGCCGAACCCCCUCCCGCACAUCUUAGACUGGUCCCAGAUCUGUCUGUGCUCUUUCCAACUCCUAUGGUCAAUUGUCAAACCAAACGUUGGCACGUCAGCACAAACAGAUCUGGGACCAGGCAACACACAUCUGCCCACCCCACUGUCUUAAUUUAAGCCCCAGAUGUACCUAUUGUUUAUACUUCUGUGUUUGUUGUUGUGUUUAUUCUAAAAGUUACCAAGGCGUUGGCUGUCAUAAGGAGAUUUGUUUCUCACCAAGUUUAAAAAAAAUCCUGCUGAUUUUCUAUACACAAAGACGAGCGAAAACCUAAUUAAAUAAAUAGUUUGGAAAAACUCCUCUAUAACUAGUGAUGCGUAACAUUUCACCCUCCCUCCUGCUCUUUGCUUUUUUCAAAUGUGGCAAAGAUAGAUUGUUUCAAACACUUUGCCAGGCACAAUUUAACAAGAUAACUUUGUGACCAAAAGGCCCUGAAACAAUGGAAGAUGGACAACACAUAAAAGAGGAAGUGGUCUGGAUCCUGGACUGAAACCAUUCUAGAACACCCCGAGUCCUGGGGUGUAUUCAUUAGGAACCAAACAGAAGCAAACAUAAUGGGAAACAGGAAAGGAACCUACCUGAAUUUGUCCAAAAUAAAACGAUUUCGUUGCUAAACGUUUUCCCGUUGCACUGCGGGUUUGCUACACUGUGCACUAAUGAAUACUCCCCUAAGGACAGUGACUCCUGUUGUAGCGGGUCACUGAGAAACUUCUGCACUCAUCGGAAGAAGACUGACAUGUACAAUAGACUUAUUGUAGCCUGAAAUACAGACCUGUUCUGUGCUAUUAUUCCACUCUUUUUUUCCUUCUUUUUAAAACUCUGUGUCAUAUGUUUGGCAAUGACAAGGAGUGGAAUGAUGGCACAAACAGACUGGUACCCAGGCUACAAUGUGCUGUAUAUGUCCCAUACAUCCAAUCAAUGAUAUGUAAACACAAAUCAUAAUUGAGAUGGAACUGACCCUGCACUAACUAAUGGUUGGUGCAUCUCUCUCUCUCUCACUUUCUUUUUCCACCUUCCCUUCUUUUGAAAGGGAGCCGUAGGUGUGCCACCAGCAGACAUAACAUAUCAUCGGUCCCGUACUCGUACCCUAAAUCUCUUUAUCUCACAGCAACCACACACCUUCUAGGCUGAAUACUAGACAGACUGCAGCUCACUCAUUACCUGCUACCAGAGCCCACGUGUGUCGCUAGAGAGUUUGGGAACAUUGACGUGUCUGCCGUUGGUGCGUUUUACAUGACACGUCAACGUUCUAUAGCGGCCAUGUUAGCUCCUCCGUUAAAACGUUACACAUAUAGCGGCCAUGUUAGCUCCUCCGUUAAACAUAUAGCGGCCAUGUUAGCUCCUCCGUUAAAACGUUACACACAGAAUAUUUAAAUCAUGCUAUGUAACUGAAUGUGUAGGAUUAGAACAAUAUUCCACAUUGUAAAAGCCCAGCUUCUCUAAACGCAGUACAUUUGGACCUCUUGACUUUUUCCACUUUUUUUGUUGUUGUUGUUAGGUUACAGCCUUAUUCCUUCAAUUUCAUGGCUUUUUUUUUUUUUUUGUUGUUGCUCUGACA